UAUAGCCAAGUGCUUUUGAAAAUUUGUUCAAGGCGGAAACGCUUUUAGAAGGUAUAGAAUAAUAUUUUAAUAUUCACAAGCAAGAAAACAAAUAUUCAAGCUAAAAAAACAAGUUUGCAAUCUCUGACAGAUGAUACGUAAUCUGAUUUUAUGAUCUAAUUUAUAACUUAAUUGUGUAACAAAUGCGGGCUAAUAUAAUACAUUAUACAAUUUCAUGAUAAGGAAACUAAUUAAACAAAAUAUAGAUUGCAACUUAAGAUAGUUGAAGAUGACACAUACAAUGUUUGUUUAUUUAAUUUUGUAAAUGUUUUUAUAACUUCUGCUAUUCUGAGAAGAAAUUAGGUAGUAUAGUUAGUAUAGUUAACACCAUUUGGGGUCUAGACCAUCGCCCAUCAAAAAAGAUGACAAUCAAAACCGACUACUUGUAGGCACUUCCCAAGUUUAUCAGAUACCGGCCAGACCCAACGUAGCCCAACUUGGCAUACUUUUGGAAUGGAAGUACAAUAUCAUAUCAGCUGACACAACUGGUGCCAUAAACCAUAUAGCUAUAUGACAUGGUGAUCCGCUUAGAGAGUCGUUCCGAAGUGGAGAAUCGAGAGAACGUGCUUAUCGGCCGGGUAUUAUGCCAAAUGUCUGAAAUUAUUUCACAACAGAGCGUAGAAACAAAAACAAAUUAAAACCCCAUUGCUAAUAUUCAUUGAGAGGAACAAUAAAAUUUUAUUAGCCCAAAAUCGAACCGGGUUGUGGAGCGUUUCGGAAAAAAAUAAUAAAUUAAUGCAAACAAAACAAACGAACGCCUAAAGACCUGUUCCACUCGUGUAGGGUUGUUUUUGAAGGCUGUGUUCUGGUUUCGUAUUAAAAUGCCCCUCCAAGCCAGUUAUAAGCUCAGUCAGUCGGUCUUCUUCUGCCAAGAUGCUAAUGCUAAACUAUCUGAACUAUAUUUUGAUCGUACUCAUCGGUCUUGCGGUUUGUGUUUCAACAAAACCCGAGGAAGUUGCAGUUGAUUAUUUGGAUUGCUGGGAAAAUACCUGUACGAAAUUGGAUUAUCCUCUUCCCUCAGAGGUUGCCAUCUUUACAGAAGAGGUGACCAAAGAUUUAAGGGACUACGAAUCUCUUAUUCUUCACAGUUCGAGCUUGGUCAACCUGCCCAGAAAAUUAUUUCUAAAUCUUCCUCAACUCGUGGAACUCGAUGUAUUGGAGUGUGAUCUUCAGCAAAUUGAAAGAGAGUGCUUUAAGGGUUCCAAAAACUUGAAAAGACUAAAUUUGGGAGGAAAUAGCCUCAGAGUUUUGGAUAGUAACACCUUCGAACUGGCCACACAUUUGGAGGAGCUCAACUUGUCCGACAAUCAGCUGGAGGAUCUUCCCACUACAAUAUUCCUGCCCCUCAAGAAACUUCAGAAGAUCAACUUAUCCAACAAUCAGAUAAAGGCCAUUUCUCCGUACACCUUCUCACAAUUGGGAUAUCUAAAAUCCAUUAAUCUGGAUAGCAAUCAGCUAAAAGAACUCCCUGGAGAUCUUUUCAGAGAUCAGCAGAAACAUUUGACACAAUUCUCAGCCAGAAGUAAUCAACUAGAGCGGAUUCCUUCCAACAUAUUUUUAGAAAUAGAACUUCUCAUACUAUCGUUUAAUCCUGAACUCAAAAGGCUCCACCUAACAGCUAAUAUUGAUGAGCUGCAGGCCACCAAUUGUGGUCUCGAGUCGGUCAAAUUGGAUGGAAGAGUAGUAGGUGUCCAACUGGAGGAUAACCUGAAACUAAAAGAGUUAAAAAUAGCCCACCCCGAGGAUCUGGAGCAACUCUAUGUGGCCAAUACCAACCUCACCAGACUUGACUUUCUGUCCAAGGCCAGUAAAUUAGUUGACCUGGAUCUGACGGGCAUUGAAAAUCUAUCAGAUUUACCUAAAAUCUCGUCAGCCAGGGGAUUGGAACGAUUGAGCUUCACUUACGACAACAUGACCGCGGCUGACAUGGACAUGUUGCCUCAACUGAAGGAUCUUAACUACUUGGAGAUAACCCACGACAAAGUUAGGGAGAUCUAUAUAAAAGAUUUGGAUGAAGAUUUCUUUGUCGAAGAAGCAGAACUUAAUUGUGGACAGUUGGCGGAUCUGCUUGAGUUUGUCGAAUUGCCCAAGGAUACAACUAUAUUGGAGGAUCGAUUGGUUGGAGAUCCUCGAGGGCCAUUGAGAUGUGGAAGCGCUUAGAAUUUAGUCUCUUGAAUGGAAUUUAGAUUUAAGAAGUAAAAUAAUUUGUAUAUAGCAAUAAAUUCAAUAGGUUUUAAAAUGUUAUUAAAUUGUUGGACCAAGCUUUACUAAUUUCGUACGCCGAUAGAAAAAACGGAAGAGUAAAAAUAAAUAUAAUGUUUGGUCUAAAAUUUCGAGUAUCCUUUUUAAAUUAAAUGUAAAAGCACAAGUUUUAUUGGUUUAAACCCUACCCUUCCAACGAAAACAAAAUAUUUAAAAUGAAUAUAAAAUUAAUUUAC